AUGGAGUGUAUGCAGGAGCUACCUGUUCACUUCUCGUUCUUCCGAAUGGACAAGCAUUACACGGCUAAGAACAACGUAUGGUGGGACAUUGAGAACUGCAAAGUUCCAAGCAAAGUUCCACCUUCAGAAAUGCAGGGUGGAGUUGUACUUAAUGGUGAGACACUCACGGGAAUCACUUAUCACCGAAUUCCAGACCAGGAAGGUGAAAAAGAUGCUAGUGAUGGAUGGAUAAUAGUCGAAAUGAAGAAAUGGAAAGCAGGAAACAAUCUUCCACCCCAAAACGUGAUAAUAUUCUCUGGAGACGGCGGGAGGAUAUUAUUGGUUCAGUCCAAGAUAGUAAUUGUCUUGUCAUGA